UUGAAAUUUUAUUUUAAGACUAUAACUGAUUAGCAACUGUUUUCUGCUGUUAAACGAAACCACGUUUUCGUUUAACAUUGACAGAUUUCCCAAUAGUUCAGUGACGAUCACAUGAAACAAUGAAACCUGCGCCUACAUUUCCAAGAAAGCGACGCUUGACGUCUCGGUCGUGACGUCAGCCACUGUCGUUAAACUACGAUGUUCGAAAUACGUGUUUUCUAUUCAUUUUACGUCCGAGUUCUUUUUAAACAAUUAAAUCUUAUACUCGAAAGUAUCUCGUGGAACUUGAAAUUCGUAGAAACGAGUGACGAGGGUAUUUGACUGGUUUUUCAUGUCGUCGGUUGAUCGUCGACAUGUUGGCACCACUGUCGAUUGAUCGCACGUAUUUUACCCAGAAUGUAUAUCGUAAGUAUAUAUUUAUUCGUAGGUCCCUCUGGGCGAAUGUAAACAGAAUUUUUUCACAAAUAUGAAGUGACACGACCGAUUGAUGUGGCUGGCGUUUGUGAUACCGUGCCGUGAAAUCGCGUUUAUGGUGCGCUCCGCGAGGUUCCGUGUUCGUUGAAUCUCAAAGUGCUUUACGGUGACCAGAAGAUAUAUUCAGCUGGUAGAACGGGUUCGCAUUCGACCGCCCCGUAGUGUAGUUGAGUUUAGUGAAGUGGACUGGAAACGAGUAUAGUGUACAUGGUAGCACGAUGAGGAAUCUGCGAAAACGUUUCGAUCACUCGCUGACGUGAUGGGAGCACAAGAUGUCUUCAACCAAAGCAAGUCUCAAAAGGCUACUACAAGAAAUGUUUCAAUUUUCACUGUCAGAUUCGAAAGGUGCAUCAAGACAUGAUAUUGUUAAAUCUUUGGACGUGCAUAGGAUGACAGAGACUCUGUGUUGUGAUUCAGAGAAAUGUGAAAAUAAAAGUAAUCAUGUAAUAACUAAUACUUGUCUCUCUCAGGAGAAGGACAUUUUUAACAGAAUAGAAAAUGAAUUGCGUGACACAGCAGAAACUGGAGUAAUUGUUAAAUAUUCUUCCGACAUAUGCUCGGUCAAUCACUGUAUAUCUAGAGAAGAUGUUAAUCAUUGUAUUUGUAAAUGUGAUAUAAUGCAUUGUCCGAAACAGAAAGAAAUUGUAAAUAAUUACGUAUGUUCCAAUACGUGCAAUUUGUGGAAAACUCAAGCAAAUAAGCUUUUGCUAUUACCAAUUACAAAAAAAGUUGGUACACAGUGGAGAAAUUGUUUUUGGAGACAAUUUUUAAUCUCCUUUAUUAUUUUAUUGUGUACAACAUUAUGCAAUGCAGAUCCAAAUCAGUGUGCAGUUGGCCUCCAAACACCUGGAAGAACUUGGCCUCAAGGUGAUAUUGUUCUUGAACAUUGUAAACCUCCGAAAACACAUUGUCAACCUUUAAAAAUACUUUGUAUAUUGAAUCAAACAUUUGUGGACAAUAACUUUCGUGGAAAAAAUGCCUCAGAUCUUGUAUUCUUUCGCAAUGCAAGAGAGAUGGAACCAGAAUGUAUUACAAUUGUUAAUGAAACUACAAUAUCAUUGGAUGUAGAAAGCCCCCCACCUGCAGAAGACAUGUAUUAUUGUAGACUGAGGCUAGAUAAUGAUAAAAACAAACAAUAUACAUCAGUUUGUUUAAACAAGGUUGUAGUUGGAUUUAAACCUGAAGAGCCAGAAAAUUUUACUUGUAUAUCUCGUAAUUGGGAAAAUUUGACCUGUACAUGGGAUCCUGUCCAGAACUACGUUACAACAAAAUUCACGCUUGUGUUCAAAUUGCCGGGAAGAGCAGGUGGGCGAAUGUUAUUUCCAUGCCCAAAAGAACCUCAAAAAACUCAAAAACCGAAUACGUGUUUUUGGGAUACAACUACAAACCCAAUUUAUCGACAACCUUACGAAAACUAUACGUUUAUACUCACCGCGGAAAAUGUGCUAGGAAACGCUAGUUUCGAGUAUAAAUUUCAUCAUUAUGCUCACAUUAUUCCUGCAAAGCCGGCUAAUCUGUCAGUUAUUAAUAAAACAUCCGAAAGUGCAUUAUUAUACUGGAACAUACCUUUUCCAAUGCAAACUUUUCCACCUGGUUUACAUCAUAGAAUAAUGUAUCAAAACCAGUGGGAUCAUCAGAAAGAUUGGGAAGUAAUCGAUAUUACAAAUGAUAAUCGCACGCAUAAGAGAUAUUAUAAUUUGACUGGAUUAAAGUAUGCCAACACUGGCUACGAUGUACGAGUUUUCAUGAGAAGUGCUGUCGCGACAGGGGAAGAUAAAUGGAGUCAGUUUAGUGACGUUACUUUCAGAACGUCGCCGAAAUUACCCGAUCGUCCUCCAAAAACCGAUAUUGGAAGUUUCGAAAUAGCGGAAAAUAGCGCUAACAGAGACGUGUAUUUGUAUUGGCAAGCUAUACCAUCAUAUCUAGAAAAUGGUGUCAACUUUAGGUACGAGAUUCGUCAUGUGAAAGAGAAUGGACGAAAAUUGUCACUUCUUCUAAAUGAAACUACAACAACCUAUAUUAAAGUCAAAGUCAGCUUCUACAGUCAUACAUUUGAAGUCAUUGCAAAAAAUAUUGUUGGAGCAAACAAGGAACGAGCUACAAUUUUUGUUCCUAGUCGAAGCGAAACACCCCGUGAACCGAUAGCAUUCACAAAAAUUGCGUUUGAAAAAGGCUUGCACGAGUUAUCCUGGAAGCCACCUAUGAAUACAGAAAUCACAAAUUACACAAUUUUUUGGUGCGAUAAUGUACGCGAUCGUCCGUAUCAGUGCACUGGUUACCUAGACUGGGUCCAUGUAUCGAAGAAUGUAACAGUCUACAAUAUGACAGUGCCGGAUCCUGACAAAGUUUACCAAUUUGCGAUUUCUACGAAUACGAAUAAGGGAAGUAGUGGAAUGGUAUGGGCUUCGUGUACCGUAAUUUAUAACAAGGAUAUCGGAAAAAUAAAAUCGGUGUGGAUAAAUGGAAUUGGCUCCGAUUUUAUCGAAGUUAGGUGGAAUUUAGAGUGUUCGGAUCGCAUUGGAAUCGUCGAGGGAUUCAAUAUUUACUACUGCCCUAUUGUUUCGCCAUUGAACUCGAUCUGCAAAGGUGCGAAACUGAAUACAACGAUAAAAGGAGAUCGUCACACUACGAACGGAAGAGUGAACAAUUUGAAACCGUAUACAACGUAUAUGCUGACUGUUGCUAUUUUAACAAAAACUGGAGAAGGAGUGCACGGUGAUCCUUUAUUCAAUACAACACUUGAAGCUGCACCAUCAACUCCACCGCAUGAUGUUAAAAUUGUUAAUGUGACGAACACGACAAUGUUCAUCACGUGGAAACCACCGGAUGCAAUGAACGGUGUAUUGCGUUACUACAAGGUGUAUUAUAAUAAAGAAGUACAAGAAGUCGAUGAAGCAAAUCACAUCGAAUUGAAGGGUCUACUAGCACACACGAAUUACAACAUUAGCAUAGCAGCGUGUACUGUAGCUUGCAGUACAGAGUCACCUAUAAUCCAUGAAACCACGAAGAUUGGAGUACCGGGGAAAAUGAAUGUGCCCAAUGUGCGCUUCGUGAAUUCUAGCCAAGUGAUCGUCAUAUGGAAUAAACCUCAAUACUCAGCUGGUCACUUGAACUAUUACGAAAUAUCUUCGAACGAUGGUGAAGUUCAAAAUAGUACAAGUACAGAAGCUCAAUUAGCUAUUCCUGAUUGCAAGACUGUAGGACGAGAACGACUGUAUCAAUUUCGUGUAAGAGCUAUUAAUAUUGCGCCGGGUAACGUACAUUUAAAGGGUCCAUGGUCUGAACCUGGUGAGGGAAAUUGUUACAGUGAUGGACCAUCGUUUAGUAUGUGGGUAAUAUGGGUGAUAGGAGGCAUUACUAUUCUCGCGAUUCUCCUUUGUCUUGGACACGUUUUAAAGAGAAUGUGGUUGAAAUGCAAAGCUAUGCAAGAUGUUGAAGUGAAAUUACCACCGGGACUGGCACCGAACAUGAAACUUCUUCAGAAGGUUGGUGAACAACACAUACGACAAUCUUCUGCUGAUUCAAGCGGUUGUUCCAGUGGACAAGAAUCUGUUACCUCGUCUCUCACGUCAGAUUCUCAAGUUUCUAGUGACAGUGGUACCGAGAUAGAUCCUAUGCCAGUGUCACCCAAUAAAUUAUUAGAAACUUUACCAGCUUGGGAAUCUUCGAGUCUGCGUCAAAGAAAUGUUGGAAUUACAAGACCAGGAUUUACAACAGAAACAGCGCGUUGGGAACCUUAUGUGAAGGUUGCAAAGUCUGGGGAGCCCAUUAUUGGAGACACAUUAUCCUUGGCGCGAUCCACGCCAAAUUUAACCGACAGUACAGGCUGUACGACUUCUCAACAUACUUGGUCCUCGACUGGUUACAUCAGUAUGCCAUCGUCAGAGGAACUGUCGAGCAAUCCAAGCCCUGUUUCUAAAGAAACUUUAACUACUGGUGGCUACAGCGUUAUAGGCUCGGUGCCAAAGCCAGUGAAAUCAAAAUCCGAAGAUGACAGUGAUCUAACGGAAUCCACAGCGGAUACGUUGAUACCCAUUAAAGCGGAAACUAAACCUAUUAAUCCAUAUAUAACCUUAGCCUCUUUGGAACAGAAACAAAAGGACAAGAAAACAAUCGAUGCUUUGGGUGAUUUAGAUGAUUUGACGUUUACCGAGACGAACAAAUCAAAACUGGAAUCCUUAAUUCCAUUCUCUACUUCUGAUAAAACUUCCAAACCGUAUGUGCAAACGGGUUUGAUCGAUCCAUUGAAGAAAAAACCGUUCACUUUAAGCGGUAUUGAGGGAGGUGGAAGAAGUACGAUAAUAUCCACUCCAUUCGCAUCAACAUCUCUGACUGACUCGUGCAACAAACCAUUCGUUUCCUCUUUCGCGAGUCCAAUGUCAUUGCCCUCCACUUUGGAUUCUUCUUCGAAACCGUACGUUUCCAUAUCCUCGAUUCCCGAGGUUUCGAAAAAGUCAAGUUUCCAACCGACCGUAUCGGAGCCUUCGCAGAAGUCCUGUGUACUUCAAGCGUCUACGACUGACGGAUCGAAGCCUUAUGUUCUAGCGAGUUCCGUGUUCCAAAUGUUGCAACAACAACAAGUGGGGAAACCAGAAGUGUCCAUUUCGGAAACGAUAGAGAAUCGAAGUGACGAAGAUUCUAUAACGACAUAUCCUUUGUGUUGGCAGACUGGUGGUACAAAACCAAGUUCGAAGUUAGAUCCAGAGAAGCCUAUUAUUACGGCCAAACAGAGCACUGGUUACGUUACCAUAGCGGAAAAUCCAAAGCUAGAUCAACAUAGAUCGUCGACAGUCUCGUCGCCGUACGUGCAGCACGAAAGGUUUGAAAAACCACUGCCACAGAACACCGCCGGACAGUCAGACGAACAAUACAGUAAAGUGACUGUUGUGCCAAGUACUGUUCAAUGAAAAGAAGAGAUGCGAAUGUAUCGAUUCUGGCAGUGAGCUUGUACUUGUCGGUUCGUAUGAAUUUCCUUCAACACAGGAACCUCUUCCUAAUGAACUAAAGUGGUGCAAUACGAUUUAACGUUUGUAGGUGCUUUCGAAAUAUAAUCGACAACAGUAAGCUCUACAUUUGUUUUUUAUCAGUAUAGUAUUUAGAUCGAAGACUUGAAAAAUACGAAAUUGAAAGAAACUGUGCGUCCUAAGGGAGGUGGACAUGCUAGUGUCUAUAUAUCUACGGCGGUGUGUUUUCCGGGAUCUUGCGCGAAACAGCAUGACUCGAUGUCGCAUUACGACUGAAAGCGUAAUUAAAGAAGAAUAUCGUAUACAACGAUACAUUCGGUAUGAGGACAUAUCGAACAGAAAAUAACCUCAUUUGUGAAAGUAUGUACAAAACGAAUUACUUUUAUAUUGUAUAUCGUGCAAUGUGAUGUAAGAAUCACUAGCAACGCCAUAGCAUAAGGAUACAUAGUUUAAGUAAAUUAUGUGGCAUACAUUCAUUGACAAACAGCUUGUGUCGGAACAAUCAAAUUUCUUUGCUGACUAUCUAUGGCAGUAAAACAAUUAUCAUUGUAAAGUCAAUAGUCAUUUAAUCAUUGUGAAGCUUUUAAUCAACUCUUUGUGAAAAUAUUCACGUUUCGAAUACGUUCAAAAUAAAUCUAAGAUCUUUCAAAAUAUCUUUAUUCAAAUAUCAUGCCGAGAAUGCAUUGCAAAAACAGUUACUUGCAAUUUUGAUCUUUUUCGCGGUUAGCGUAACUAAAACAGAAAUUUUUGAUAUUCGAAUCAUUUGUUUGUUAAAGCCGUGGAGUACGUACAGAGGUUAUAACGAUUUUUGCUGAACUACAUUUGUACGCGCAAUUUGUUUAUCUGUAUAUAUAAGUUACAAAUCGUUCCUGUAGUAUUUUACUAUCGCUAGCAAUGAUUGACAGAAAAUAUACAGUAAAAGGAAACUAUGAUAACGAGUACAGGGUCAAGGAUAAUAAGAUAAGGAAAGACUAAUCAAAGUGGAGUUCUGAGACCAGUUAUAUUUUGCAUGUUUCUUACGUAUUUCAAUAUCUGUUGAAAAUUUAGACAUACCAGAAAACAAACGUUCUAUAUUGUUUCCGUUUUAAUAUCUUUGCUGACUUCACUGCAAAUUUUUAGUGAAACUACAAUCAUUUUUAACUUUUAUCAGCAAAUAAAUUGUUUUAAACGUUGUUAUUUUUUGUUCAAAGAAAGGUUAUUUUAAGGACACAAGAUCAUUUGUACAGUUUAAACGGACUAUUUUGAUGGUCAGCAAAGUUGAAUGAAUUUGGAAAUACUAGAAUGUUGAAGAAGUGCUGGUACAUCAAUUGAAUACUAUACUUUACAGAAAUUUUAAGGAACUAUGCAAUGCCAUUGAAUCAUUUAUGCUAAAAAAAAAAAACAAGAAUAUAUAUGCAUAAUACCUUAAGCUAGUCAUUGACGGGGUACAUGAGUUUAUACAGGCCUUUUUUAACGCUUAUGUUUUCUACAUUAUCAUCAAUUUCAAUAUUAAUAAUUUGUUGGUAAUCGGAACAUAUCAUAUUUUAAAGCAUUACUCUUAAUCAAUUCAUUGAACGAUCUUCGUGAUAAUCAAUUUGCAAAAGAAAUUUAUAUAAAGUAAAGAUCAUAAUAGACAUCGAGAAAAAAAAGUAAAAAAUUGACCUUUCUUGCAUCGUGAACAAUCAAAUUCAUCGAUCACUUUUUGUAAUUGCGUAUCAAUCGUCUGUACUUGACCUCGGGUUGCAAAAUCGAACAACUCAAUUACUCACCAAUAUACCAGUUCAAAAAAGGCCUGGGAGGAUGUAUAUCCGAGUUAUUUCACAAGUUCAAACAAUUUCUCUUAACGAAUUUGUGGAAAGUAUAUGCUAAUCAAGAAAAAAUAACAAUAAAAAAAAAAAUGUUGUUUGUACUUGUGAAAUGAUAUGUAAUAAGUUUCAUGGAACAAAUUGACGUCCAUGGAACUGUCUCUGGAGCGAGCUUACGUAUACUCGUAUGUUAUUGUUGUUACUAAGAGAUGAAUCGCUAAUAUUUAAUGAGUCGCGUGUAACAUGUAAAUGCUACCUAGUUUGUAACAAUAUUAAGUUGAAAAGAGGAAUAAACACAAUCGAUGGACGUCCGGUGCAUCGUGAUGCAUUCUAUCAACAGAAUACAUAUACUUUUUACGUAGGGACAUGUGUGCACAGAGUGUUUAAAAAUGCGUAAUUGAAAUAACACCACGAGGAGAAAAUUUUAACUAAACGAUUCGCUCGGAAAAUAUUCCACGUAAGGAUCCUUGCAAAAGUGUAGUAAAAGGAAAACAAAAUAUUAAUUAGUUGUAUAGUUGUCUUAUAAAAACAAAGUGAGAAGUAAAUGCACGCAAGAUUUUGAAUAUGCUCAUGUUGAGAUAAUUAGGUAUUUUUCACGAUAAAAGCUUAUUAGAUUGAUUUAGUGGAAAUAAUCGAGCGCUAUCUACUUUGUUAGGUUUUACAUGUCUACAUUGUACAUACAAUAUAUAUCUAUUAUUAUCUAUUUUUGUUACAUAUUUAUAAACGAGAAAAGAACUACUUUAUCGCAUACUAAAUAUAUAUAUAUAUAUAUAUUUAUAUAUGUAUAUUUAGUCUAGACUAAAAAGUUUUAAACGAUGGAAUUGUGGUUUAAGUGAUUUAUAUAUAUAUAUAAUUAUAUAUAUAUAUAAUGUAGCGAUGACCUACGAAUACGUGACAUACGUAAGACAUAUUUCUAUCAUUACAACAUUUAUCUUUAUCGAUUAAUUUGCCUUGCAGAGAUCGAGCAUAUAUAGAGCGCGUAUAUUCAUGAUUUCUUUUCUUUAAUGUAAUCAAACAAUUCUUGUAUAAUUUAGUUGAAUAGUGAAUAGUUCGUUACGAAUGUUUAUAAUGUUUAUGUUACAAUUAUCAUUGAUAUUGCGGGAGCUCGGUGUUAUCAAUGACAAAAAAUUAAUUGACGAAACCCUGUUUAAAAUUAAUGGUGUGAUCAGUAAUGAAAUAUUAAUUGACGAAACCCCGUUUACAAUGAAAGGAAAAGUCUAGCAUAUUAAAAUCACAGUUACGUAGUAGAGACAAUCUCAGUGCAAUGACACGCGAAUAAUCGAAUAAUGUAAAUAUUAACUGCUUCAUUUUUCUCGAUUUUUUACAUGUAAUAUAAUCAUACCGUAUCAUGUUUUUUUACUGAGCUCCCUGAUUGUAGAUUUUUUUAUAUAUAUUCAGAGUGCAGUGAAUUGUUGAGACAAAUUAUCAGAUUUUGAUUACAAUAUUUGUUGUUAAUUCAGGAGAGAAAAACGUGUUCGAAAAUUAUACUCUCACGUAUUUUACGUGCCUUUGUAUUUCUGCGUAUUAAUUCGAAGACUCGAUCGUUUCCAAAAAGCUUCGUUAUUUGCGAUUAAUGUUUAUUCUUCAAAGAACACAUAUAGUAUUUGUGAACAGACAAAAUUUUAUUGAAAUUUAACCGACAAUGGACAUUUGCAAAUAUAGGAUUAUAUUUUGUAGAAAUAUACGAACACUAUGCUAAAAUUAAUCGUGGGAUACUGUGAUUGUAAAUCUUCUGUUCGAAUCAAAAUUACAAGUUCUGUAAAUUAAUGUCUGUAAUAAUAUUUGAAACUAUAUUGAUGUUCUAAAUGGAAACAGUUAGUGACGUAGACUCGAUUGUUUGCAAUAAAACAUUAAAAACAUUUAAUAACAGUAUUCCAGGGUUAACAGCCUGAUUUUCCUGAUAACCUUAAAUUGCGUCAAGGUGACUCCAUACUAAUUCUAAUGACAUCUUGUACAGAGUAUUGUAAAAUAUAUUUUUACUACAUUUUUUUUUGGUUUUAUUAUUUAUUUCUUAUAUACAUGGAAUUGUGCUUAAGUUUAUCUCUGUACGACCGCUGUUCUUAUGCCAUUAUUAUAUAUGCCAUGCCGUCGAGGCUUGCCAUUUUAUGUAGGUUCAUUUUACAAUUAAUCCCAAAGUUAUUUUGUUUUCAAUACUCAUACACGGAUCGUUGAUACAAAAGGCUAUAAGAAUUCUUUGUAAAACUUAUCUUCAAUCAAUGCUGUUGAUAAGCGCUUUAAAAGCCAUUUACUUUAUAAUGAUUAUGCUGAAAUAUAUAACAUUUAUAUUGA